AUGGAAGAAGCGAUGGACAUUGAUAUAGCUGAUCAGCGUGGCAUCAAGCGCGCAGCAGAGGAUACUCAACCUCGGGGGCCUCCCAAACCGAAGAAGAUCAAGGCUUUAGAUCCUGAUGUCGUUAACAAGAUUGCUGCUGGGGAAAUCAUUGUUGCUCCGAUGCACGCGCUGAAGGAACUCAUUGAGAACGCAGUCGAUGCUGGCUCUACCACAAUUGAAGUCUUGAUUAAAGAAGGAGGUCUGAAGCUACUUCAGAUCACCGACAACGGCCACGGAAUAGAUCGAGAUGACCUCCCAAUCCUCUGUGAAAGAUUCACUACAUCCAAGCUCAAAGAGUUCGAGGAUCUGACAUCUAUCGGAACCUAUGGCUUCCGAGGUGAAGCUUUGGCUAGUAUCAGCCACAUAGCGCAUCUGACUGUCACUACGAAGACUGCGGGAUCUAGUUGUGCCUGGCGAGCACAUUAUGGAGAUGGGAAACUAAUCCCUGCCAAACCAGGCCAAAGCUCUGCACCUAAAGCAACUGCCGGGCGAGGAGGAACUCAGAUCACAGUCGAGGACCUCUUCUAUAAUAUUCCGACCCGACGAAGAGCAUUUCGCUCAGCGAGUGAGGAGUAUGCAAAAAUUCUUGACGUCGUUGGUCGCUAUGCAGUGCAUUGCUCUGGGGUCGCCUUUUCAUGUCGCAAACAUGGAGACUCUGGCGUGAGUAUCUCGACCCCCGCUAGCGCAAGCAUUGUCGACCGGAUUCGCCAAAUACACGGCAGUGCCGUGGCAAAUGAAGUUGUUGAAUUCGAAACAAAUGACACAAAGCUUGGGUUCCGUGCAUCCGGCCUUGCUACCAAUGCCAAUUACCAUGUCAAAAAGACUUCGAUCUUACUUUUCAUCAACCAUCGAGCAGUUGAGUCGACUGCUCUCAAGAGGGCAAUUGAACAGACAUAUUCAUCGUUCUUGCCUAAAGGUGGUCACCCUUUUGUAUAUCUUGAUCUCGAAAUUGAACCUCAUCGCGUCGACGUCAACGUUCAUCCAACAAAGCGUGAAGUGAACUUCCUCAACGAAGAUGAAAUCAUCGAACUUGUCUGCACAGAAAUCCGAUCUAAGCUUGCGGAGGUAGACUCAAGUCGGACAUUCCUGACGCAAAGUCUACUGCCGGGUGUGCCUACCAUCGAGUCCCUUCAGGCUGAUCAAGAUGCAUCCAAUGAAGUACCAGGCGAGGGUUCAAAAGGGACAGCUGUUCCCAAGACACCUGCAACAGCAAAAAGACCAUACGAAAACAACCUCAUCAGAACAGACUCCAAAGUCCGCAAAAUCACAGCAAUGUUAAGCCCAGCAAUAGCCUCUCCACGAGAUCCAUCCAAUCCGGAUGCGCCUACCGAAACAACCAAUCCAGCAACAUCAAAACUAGACGACGGUCUCCAGUACGAAACAACAGAUCGGCAACCCAUAAAGAUUGCUCUCGCAUCCAUCAAAGGCCUGCGCGCCUCCGUUCGCUCGGACAUGCACAACUCACUAACAGAGAUGUUUGCCUCCCACACCUAUGUCGGCCUAGUAGAUGAGCGCCGUCGACUAGCAGCAAUCCAAUCCGGUGUCAAGCUUUACCUAAUCGACUACGGCAUGGCAUGCAAAGAGUUCUUCUACCAAGUCGGGCUAACCGAUUUCGGAAACUUCGGCGUGAUUCGCCUCGAACCAGCGCCCAAACUGGAAGAUCUGCUGAAAAUCGGGGCGGAGGCACAAAGACAAGAGCAUACCGAUGCAGACGCAGAGGAGGCCGAUUCGAUAUUCGAAGAUGCGCCGAUCAAGGUAGCCCAGACGCUCAUCGAACGUCGGGAGAUGCUGAACGAGUACUUUUCAAUGCAGAUCAGUGCGGAAGGCGAGCUGCUUACGAUCCCACUCUUACUGAAGGGAUAUCUGCCUGCGCUGGCCAAGCUACCUCAGUUCCUACUACGCCUGGGUCCGUAUGUGAACUGGGAUAGCGAGGAAGAAUGUUUCCGUACAUUCUUGCGUGAGCUUGCUGCGUUCUAUACGCCAGAGCAGCUUCCUGUUCUCGAAUCUGCGACGGCUACCGCGGAUUCUGCGGAGCCGGUGGUAGCCGGUGGCUUGGGGGAUGAGGAGGAUGCAUUCGUGAGGGACCGGCGGGCUCAGAUGAUCCGCAUGUUGGAGUAUGCUGUUUUCCCGGCUCUCCGUGCGCGGUUGGUUGCCACGUCACGGUUGCUGCGGGGGGUGGUUGAGGUUGCAGAUUUGAAAGGACUGUAUCGGGUAUUCGAGCGUUGUUGA